CGUUUUCUAUGGGCGUGGAUCUGAUCAAAUAACGGCACGGGCCCACACCUUGUGCUUUAAAGACAGAAGUACUGUCUGCAAAAAGGAAAAGCUGCGUCGUGCCAAACGGGUAAAAGCGUUGAGGUGGGGGUUUUCGUUUCCAGCCCUUUCUCUCGGGUUGACUUAUCGAUCUGCAGUCAUCGGACACACCCGAUCCAUCCGCAGCCCUUCGCAUCAGCCCAUGUUCGGAUUCACCGCGGACUGAAUUGCAACUUUGAAUCGGCACCAGAUGUUGAAUUUGAGUUGCAAAUCGCUACGCACAAUCGCUUGGUAGUCGUAUCCUCACGUUUGCGUAGAAACCAAAGCGCAAGUAUGUCGCGCGCUUACGCGAGUCUCGAAAAUGACUCGGAUUCGGAGAAAAAGACCGAACUGGACCAGUACAGUCCGCCUGGAGAAAUGGAGGUCCAUAAAACUAAAUUAUUUGACGCUAAAGCGAUCUUGUGGACUUUUGGGAAAUGUCUCACUGCUUUAUUGCCCGUCUAUCUGGCUGGUUACUAUCGGAUGAGCACUAGUUUAGUAGUGUUCGGGAUGAUGGUUUAUGCAGGAUGGAAACACACCCGGGAGGCAAAGGAGGCGAGGCUGAGGUCCGCUAUACAGUUAUUCAGCGAUGAAAAGGAAGACAUAUCCUCUAAAUCAUUUAGAAGUAGAAGAGACCUGCCUUCUUGGGUAAAUUUCCCAGAUGUGGAGAAGGUUGAAUGGCUUAACAAGGUUAUCCAGCAGGCUUGGCCCUUUAUUGGGCAGUAUUUGGAGAAGUUGCUGACAGAAACCAUUGCUCCAUCCAUCCGCGGGUCCAGCACGCAUCUACAGACCCUCAACUUUACCAAGAUAGACUUUGGGGGCAAGCCGAUGAAGGUGGUUGGAGUGAAGGCUCAUACGGAAAACGAAAAAGGUCAAAUCCUGCUCGAUGUUUACAUCAGUUAUGUGGGGGACGCUGAGAUAAAUGUUGAGGUGAAGAGGUAUUUCUGCAAAGCAGGUGUGAAGGGAAUACAGCUUAAUGGGAUGAUGCGUGUCAUUUUGGAGCCUCUGAUUGGUGACGUGCCAAUCGUGGGCGCUGUGACCAUGUUCUUCAUUCAAAGACCUAAACUUUUCAUUAAUUGGACGGGUUUGACCAACUUGUUGGACAUUCCAGGGCUAAAUGUGAUGUCCGACACUAUGAUCAUGGACGCGAUUGCCUCAUGUUUGGUGUUGCCCAAUCGCCUCACAGUUCCUUUAGUGUCAGACCUGCCUGUGGCCCAGCUGCGCUGCCCUCUGCCCAGGGGUGUUGUUCGUAUCCACCUGCUGGAGGCUGAGCGUCUAGCCUCUAAGGAUAACUAUGUAAAGGGUGUGAUAGCGGGCAUGUCUGACCCAUACGCCCUGCUCAGAGUGGGACCGCAGACCUUCAAAUCCCGGCAUCAGGACAACACACUCAAUCCCAAAUGGGAUGAAAUGUAUGAGGUCAUCGUUCAUGAGGUUCCAGGUCAAGAGCUUGAGGUGGAGGUGUUUGACAAAGACCCUGAUCAUGAUGAUUUUCUGGGCAGGACAAAGCUAGACUUGGGGAUUGUGAAGAAGUCUAACAUUGUUGAUGAGUGGUUCACCUUGAAGGACACUCAGACAGGACGGGUUCACCUCAAACUGGAGUGGCUGACGCUGGAACCCAACACAGAAAGAUUGAACGAGGUCAUAAAGAGAAAUGAAAGUGUGAUGAGUAAAACAGCAAACCCCCCCUCAGCAGCCAUCUUGGCAGUGUAUCUGGACAAAGCUGAAGCACUUCCUAUGAAGAAAGGCAAUAAGGAUCCCAAUCCGAUCGUGCAACUUUCGGUGCAAGAUGUUACUCGUGAUAGUCGGAUCUGCUGGAACACUGUAAAUCCCCAAUGGGAAGAUGCUUUCACAUUCUUUAUCCGGGAUCCAAGCCAACAGGACAUUACAAUCCAGGUGAAGGACAAUGAUCGCGUCCAAACUUUAGGAAACCUGUCGAUUCCUGUUUCACGUCUUCUCACGUGUCCCGAUCUGACUCUAGAUGAGUGGUUCAGUCUGGAGAAUGCCGGUCCUGACAGCCGAAUCCACGUUAAAUCAGUGCUCAGGGUGCUGUGGUUGGAUGAAGAAGCUGUUAACCUCUCUCACCUCUCCAGUGCCCAACUUUCUGCAUCACGCCCUCAGAAUGCCACGCCCCAUUCUAGCUUUGCCACUGAGGGGGUGCUGCGUAUUCUUCUUGUUGAGGGUCAAAAUCUGGUUCCCAAGGACAACCUGAUGGGCGGAAUGGUGAAGGGGAAGAGCGACCCCUACGUCAAAAUCCAGAUUGGAGGUGAAACCUUUAAAAGUCAAGUCAUUAAGGAAAAUCUCAACCCCACCUGGAAUGAGAUGUAUGAGGUGGUUUUGACGGAGCUUCCCGGUCAAGAGUUGUCCUUAGAGGUUUUUGAUAAGGACAUGGACAUGAAAGAUGAUUUUAUGGGCAGGCUGAAGAUCAUUCUGAGUGAAAUUAUCAGCUCUCAGUACAUCAAUGAGUGGUUUACUCUGAAUGACGUCAAGCGUGGUCGUGUUCUUCUGGCUCUGGAAUGGCUGCCUACUGUAACACAACCAGAGAAACUUCAGCAGGUGUUGCAGUACCAGUCCAAGAGCACGUUUGCGAAUAAGGCCGUGCCAACCGCAGCUCUCCUGUUUGUGUACGUGGAGCGCGCCCACGAGCUUCCUUUAAAGAAGAGCGGAAAGGAACCGAAGGUUGGAGCUGAGCUGAUUUUAGGAGGAUCAUCUCACAGAACCACGGUCAGCGAUCGAUCCAGCUCUCCCCAGUGGGACGAGGCAUUUCACUUCCUGGUUCGAAACCCACUAAAAGAAGACCUUGUUGUGAAGCUAUCCCACUGUUGGGAUUUCUCUCUGGGAUCUGUGGUGAUUCCGAUCAAAGAGCUGCUGUCAGAACCGGAUCUGAUUCUCGACCAGUGGCUGAAUCUGGAAGGAGCUUCGCCCGAUAGUCAGAUCUUGCUCAGAGCUGAACUCAAGAUUCUUUGCCCGAAUGUGACGGAGAGUUUUGUGGACCAGGAUGAACAGUUUAAACUUCCAGGAACCUCCAGCAUCAAAAGAAAACAGGAGGAGUUAGUGCAAAAGUCUAAUGUGGAAGAGGUCCCAGAACCCCCUGUCACCACCCCAGUGUCUGUCCCAGAAGAAGAGAAGGUCAUGGAGGUCACAGACGUCCCAGAGGUAUCCAGUUCAGAUGACCUUCGACCCUCGCACACCAGCCCUGACGCCAGUUUCGGUCUAGAGGGAAUGCUCCGCCUCCAUCUGCUUGAGGCUGAAAAUCUGGUUGCCAAGGACAACAUGAUGGGCGGAAUGGUGAAGGGAAAGAGCGACCCCUAUGUCAAGAUCCAGAUUGGAAACGCGACCUUUAAGAGUCACGUGGUUAAAGAAAAACUCAACCCUAUCUGGAACGAGAUGUAUGAGCUGGUUUUGACCUCAGAUUCGACCGCGGACGUUCUUGUGGAGGUGUUUGAUAAGGACAUGGAUAAGGAUGACAUUUUAGGGAGGGCGAAGAUAAGCUUACAGGAAAUAAUCCGAUCUCAGUUGACGGACCAGUGGUUUACUUUGAGUGAUGUCAAACAUGGCCGUGUUCAUUUGAUUCUGGAGUGGCUUCCCACAGUAACCCAACCUGAGAGACUGCAAAAGGCUCUGCAGUCACAGUCAGCGCAUACAUACCAGAACAAAUCUGUCCCAUCAGCAGCGCUGCUUUACAUCCUCAUUGAGAGAGCACACGCCCUGCCGCUGAAAAAGAGCGGGAAGGAGCCCAGGGCAGCUGCAGAGCUGGUUCUACGUGAUAUUUCUUAUAAAACCAAGGUCUGUGAGCGCUCCGUCUCUCCUCAGUGGAGUGAAGCAUUUUACUUCCCGGUUAUUGACCCUAAGGAAGAGAUUGUUAUUAUAAAGUUUUCCAGCGCUUGGGAGCAGCCUUUGGGUUCUUUGGUUCUACCAAUCAGAGAGCUGCUUUCAAAACCAGAUCUUCUGUUGGACCAAUGGCAGAGUUUGGACGGAGCAGAUCCUGACAGUGAAGUUCUUCUGAGGGCCCAACUUAAGAUUUUGGACUCAAAGCUGGAUCCAAGUGUACACCUGAGGACGUCUGUUACUGAUGAAGAUCAUUCUGUGGGUGGAGACCACGAGAAUAAAGAGCCAGUCAUUGCUGGACAAACACAGACUGCAGUCAGUAAGACGUCUGAGAAGAAGUCCCAGCUAAAGAAAGGGCUCAGUGAACUAGCAGCCUCCACUUUACCAGUGUCUGUGUCACUUCCUGAGGAACAUCAGAAACAGAAAGCCGCCCAAGUCAUAGAUGAUCAUCACGUGACGCCAUCUGCUCCUAAAACAAAACCAGACACUGAGGAUCUUAGCAAAGUCGCUGAUUCACCUUCUACUGUCGUUGAAUCCGGUCAUGUAACGGGACCGCUCAAAACAUCUGGAUCAGAUACGGCAGCCUAUAAAGAGCAACGAGAAUCAGAUAAACCGUCUUAUAAAAAGGCUUCCCCUGGUUCUGUAGAGGAGUCAAAGGUCACUAGUUCAACAGACGUACGACCCCAGAAGACAAGCCAUGACCCCAGUUUUGGCACCAAGGGGGUGCUGCGUCUCCAUCUUUUGGAAGCUCAGAAUUUGGUUGCCAAGGACAGUCUGAUGGGUGGAAUGGUGAAGGGGAAGAGCGACCCCUAUGUCAAGAUCCAUAUUAGAGAUGCGACCUUUAAAAGUCAUGUGAUCAAGGAGAACCUCAACCCCACCUGGAAUGAGAUGUAUGAGAUGAUUAUGAAUCCAGAUCCUAAUCUAGAAGUGAAGUUUGAGGUCUUUGAUAAAGAUGUCGACUCUGAUGAUUUCCUGGGAAGAUUCAAGCUGAAACUUGGUGACAUCAUCAGGUCCCAGUACAACGAUGAAUGGUUUACUCUGAAUGAUAUACAACACGGUCGGGUCCACCUGGUCACCGAAUGGCUGCCCAGCGUAACACAGCGUGAUAAACUGGAACAAGUACUGCAGAUGCAAAGUGCUCAGAGCUACCAGAAUAAAACCGUUCCAUCAGCAGGACUGCUGUUUAUUCUUUUAGAGAAAGCACAUGAACUGCCGCUGAAGAAAAGUGGAAAAGAACCCAAAGCGGCAGCUGAACUUGUUCUUGGAGGAACAUCCUAUAAAUCCAAGGUGUGUGAACGAUCAGCCUCUCCUCACUGGAAUGAAACAUUCGAAUUUCUGGUUCAUGACCCCAAACAGGACAUGCUUAUCAUCAAGCUUUCAAGUGCCUGGGACCAACCCAUGGGCUCCUUGGUUCUACCAAUCAAAGAGCUGCUUACAAAACCAGAGCUGCUGACGGACCAAUGGCUGAAUCUGGAUGGAGCUUUACCUCAGAGUCAGAUUCUGCUCAGGGCGCAACUGAAGAUCUUGGAUUCCAAAAUGGCCGCCUUAGUGGCGAUGGGCUCAGGUCCCGUGCUGAGUAACAAGCAGGCAGCCACCACUGGACAGAUCAAAAUUUCCCUCUCCUUCCAAAAAAAGCUCGCUGUGAUUAUUCAUGCAUGCAGGGGUCUGGUUACAUCAUCUAAAGACGGAUCGGACACCUACGUCUCACUCAUUCUGUUGCCAGAUAAGAGCAAGGCCACGAAGAAAAAAACUGCCGUGAAGAAAAAAAACCUCAACCCGGAAUACAAUGAAAGGUUCGAGUUUGAUUUGAGCAUGGAAGAAGCUCGGCAGCGAGAGCUCAGCGUUUGCGUGAAAAACGCAUCAUCGUCUUUCAUGAAUCGAGACAAAGACGUGAUUGGCCAGGUACAAAUAGACCUGGGGCAUAUUGACUUGCAAUCUGGAGUCACUGAGUGGUUUGAUCUGAAGGAGGAGAAUUAACACUGCCACUCGACCGGACGUCUUCACCUUUGACUUCUGCGGGUCAUAUCUCUGCCGAUGCUUAGCCACCUUUUAUUAUCACAUCAGUUAUUGAAUGAGCAGUUCUUUGCCAUUUGAGUAUUAUUGACAAAUAAGGUUUAUGAUGAAGGAUGGAAUGUUUAUUUUAGGUAUCUACAGAAGUGAAUGCUGUGCGGAGGGUUCUUGCCUUCCUGUGCAGAUUGCAGGACAAACUUGCAUUUUAUUUUAGAGGAGAAAGUAUGUUUGUUUUAAUAUGGAUUUCAUGCAGGAUGUUUUUUUGAUAGUGAUUAAAUAUUUUUAUUAUUGAAAGAGUAUACCAUGAUAGGUUUGAGAAUUGUGUGGAUUUAUAAAGGAUUAUGGUUUAGAAAAUACUUUGUAAAGACAGGCCUGUAAGAACGUUUAUGUAUUUAAAAUCAUCAUGUUGCCUUAUUGGUCACCCUCGUGCAUCUCCAACUCCAAAGUCUUGCAUUUGGGCAAAUAGCUGCUGUUACACAUUGAUGUGUCGCUUCUGUAAAUCACUGUGAUGCCAACAACUUUUCUUAGAUUAUAUUAUAUUACAGCUAGCUAUACUAUACUGAAUGGGAACAAGAUUUUCAAAAUGUAUAAAGCAUCAUUUAUAACUGUCAACCUUUUUAUUUUUCUUAUUUCUUUUGUUAAUGCUUUUGUUGGCAAAACCUUCCUUAUACAGAUGUUUAAAUGCUGUAAUAUAUUAGUACAUGUUUUUUUUGUUCACUUUUAUUUGUUGACAUGUUAGUUUUAAGUGAGUUCUUGUGUUCAAUUUGUUACAUCACUUUACUUUGUGUGCAUGUUACAAAUCAUAAUUUUAUAUUACACACAAACACGCUUCAACUGUAACACCAAAGAAUAAAAAAAACAAUGUUUUCCUGCACUAUGCAAGUUCAUGCAUCAAAUGUCUUAAUGUACAACCACAUAUCGACAAUGCUCAAUAAAACUUUUGGCAGAUCCCA